UUUCGAUUUGAAAUGCCUGAACAUAUUCUUUUAACCGGAGGAACUGGAUACAUUGCUACUCAUACUGCUAUCGAAUUGUUAAAGGAGGGUUACAAGCUCACUUUAUUGGAUAAUUUCUGUAAUUCUAGCCCGAAGGCAUACGAGGCCACCAAGAAACUCGCUGGGGUUGACGAGGAUCGUCUGUACUUGAUGGAGGCCGAUCUGAACGAUAAGGCGUCUAUCGAGGCGGUGUUUGAGAAGCGUGGUCCGUUCGACGCUGUGAUCCAUUUCGGUGCCCUGAAGUCUGUGGGUGAGUCAUGGAAGAUGCCUCUCCGCUACUAUCAGAACAAUCUGACGGGUACUUUCAAUCUUUUAGAAACGAUGAACAAGUUCAACUGCAAGAAGAUCAUCUUCUCGUCGUCUGCGACGGUGUACGGUGCUGACCCUGUUCCGAUCACGGAGGAAUCGCCCGUGGGUGUGGGCAUCGCGAACCCCUACGGCCGCACGAAGUACAUGAUGGAGCAGGUUCUGACGGACCUGGCGACGGCGGACAAGGAGUGGUCGGUGAUCCUGCUGCGGUAUUUCAACCCGGUGGGCGCGCAUGAGAGCGGCGAGAUCGGCGAGAGCCCGAACGGUAUCCCCAACAACCUCAUGCCCUACAUCCAGCAGGUGGCUAUCGGCCGUCGAGCCUAUCUGAGCGUGUUCGGAAACGACUAUGACACGCCCGACGGAACGGGAGUGCGCGAUUACAUCCACAUCUAUGAUCUCGCGCAGGGACACUUGAAGGCCAUUCAGUACAUGUUCGGAACGAUGAAGAGCGGAACGGAAGUGUUUAAUCUGGGAACGGGCCGAGGCUACUCGGUGCUGGAGAUGCUGCAUGCGAUGGAAGAAGCCUGCGGCAAGACCAUUCCCUACAAGAUCGUGCCGCGCAGAGAAGGAGACAUCGCGGUGUGCUAUGCGGACGCGUCCAAGGCGAAGCGUGUUCUGGGAUGGGAGGCGGUGAAGACCUUGAAGGAUAUGUGCAGAGACGCGAUGAACUGGCAGACAAAGCAUCCUUACGGAUUCGAUGAUGCUCCCAGUCAGUAAGCUGAUGAGUGGAAUACAGUGCAAUGGAAUACAAUGCAAUGCAAUGGAUUAGAUUGGAUUGGUUUGGUUGCUUGUUUAUUCAUUUA